ACAACUCCGGACAUUGCUUGCAACUUGAACUCUCGGCCGCCAGCCUUGGUUGGCAAAGCACGAGCAGGCAGCACGGCUACAUUCGAAUGGACACCAUGGGUUAUUAACCAUAAGGGACCACUGACAGCGUACAUGGCUCCCUACGAGGGAAGCCUGGCAAAUAACAAUGUCAGCAAGCUUGAAUUCUUCAAAAUUGCUGAGCAAGCCGUGACAGACGGCAAAUGGGCUACGGAUCAUAUGAUGGCGGACGGUAGCAAAUGGAAUGUUACCAUUCCAUGGGAUAUCAAACCUGGCACAUACGUCCUCCGCCACGAGCUUCUGGCGCUUCACUUUGCCAAUGGUGGUAUUGCUAUCGGCCCACCGGGGCCACAGUUCUAUAUCAUGUGCGCCGCUGUUGAGAUUGUUGGCUGCGGCUCUGCACAGCCAGAAGGCAAUACUUUCCCUGGAACGUACAAGCAGGAUGAUCCUGGGUUGACUUAUCGUUUGUACGGCGAGGACAUAGAGAAGGCUCAGACGGGGGGAUAUGUGGGUCUUUCAAUAUUAUCUAUCCUCCCUAUUCUUUAUCGAUCCAGCGGAUACGAAGCAUAG